ACAACAUGUGAAGCCGCAUAUCGCACAGGACGAUUUAGUCAUAGUAAUAGGGCAAAACAUUUGUGUCACUACAAAGCGCCGUAGUGACAUCUCCCAGAGGUCACAGCCUGAUUCUGUGGUAGCUUCAGCCUCACAAUUAUUGACCUGGCAACCGCGAGCUAUGCUUAUGGUAUUCUACUGGCAUCGAAACAAUAGGCAGGAUACAUGCUUGACUCUACAUCAACAGACUGAACAUGGACUUCCCGUACGUUUACCAUAAAACGGGGAUAGGGAAGAAUACUGGUCACUCACCUCCGGACACCGCAGCUCCACUGGCAUCCAGUCCGGUCAGAUCGGCGACCCUCGACCCCUCCAUGCAAGCCAUGGCCCUCCAUCUCCCAUUCCUGACGUCGCACACUGGAUAUGCUCGCUUGCCCCAGUCCGAUCUCGAAACGGCAGAGGACGCCACUCCACUGUUGGAGCCGGACAACGCUAGCUCAGAGCAGACGAUCGACGUGGAACCGACAUCGCACACGAAGAGAACGUCCCGGUCGGAGCGCGCCUCACGUUCGCACAGAGCAUCGCACUCGAACCGGAUACGGCGUACACAACGGACCGGCUUGACCGCUCAGCUCGAAAGAGAGCUGGACGCCCUUGAAGGGCGCAUUCCCGAAGAGCCGUCGACGCGCCUCGAGAAGAUCGGCAAACUGGUCUCCAGUUACAUCUUCUCCUGCAUUCUCUUCGCCGCAGCCUGCACCGUAUACGCCAGCGCCUCCACCUACGCGAGCUGGUACUUCCUCCAGACGAACGAACCCUAUACCAGCAACUUCAACAUCGUCUACGCCGGCAUGCUUGGCGCGACCAUCCUGUCCUUGAUGUUUACCACUGUCAUGUGGUGUUACGCCGAGCUCGAGGAGAUAUACGAGAAGGCCCAUGGGAUAUACGAGCCCCCGAGCGAGCUCCCGGAGUGGUGGACGUGGCAGCGCGAGACGUACGUGCCUCCGCCACCAAAGCUCGCCCGCCGUUACGCGGGCUCCGUCACCGCUUUUUGUACGAUCUCCGGGUUGCUUAUGGGCGGGCUCGUGGGACCUGUGUUCGGAACGGUCAUACGGCGAGGUAUCGUGACUAGCGCGAUGACUGCGUCUGCGGCGCUGGGAUGUGGCGCGGCCGGUACAGGGCUUGUCAUUGGCGGUAUACUCGUCUGCCUGUCCUGUACCUAUGGGAUGAAGCUCUGUAAUGGGGGAAGGGACGCCGAGUGUUGAUACGUGUUGAGGUUUGGUCUACUGCUGGGUCUAUGCGCGCCCGCGAGAUGGGGAGAGGAUACCCAAGUGGUUAUGGACUUGUAUAGCCAAGAACAGUGGGCCGUACCUAUGAUAGCUACCUAGUACAGACCUACAUAGUGCGCCUCCGUCAAUUUAUCUAUGGUCAUGAGUUUCACAUGUG